AUGGAUGCCCUCCGACUACAUUCAUCAUCUGUUCAACGCGCGCAGAUUUUCUCUCAAAUUUACAAGCCUUGGUGGUCCGAGAUCCAUCUGUUAGUCUUAGCAAUGAUGGACAGAUUGAUGGAGGUGGUCCUUGUGAAGAAGGUGAAGACUCAACGCAUCCACUUCUCGCGCCGACUAUCCUCGGGAAAUGCAGCUUUCAAGCUAGAGGAUCUUCCAGUAGAGGAAGCUGAGGGAAAAGUGCCCAUGCUUGCGAUCUGGGGCCUAGCGUUGCUCCAUCAAUCAACGACGGAAGACUCAGCUCAAGGUCUUUCACGCACACUGGCUUCAGCUGUCGAGGCAGCGCAUUUCGCCCGUCAAAGGCUGACGCUUGCAGAAAACCCCGUAGAGCUGGGCGCACAUGAUAAUGAGAAUUAUGCGGAGUCUGGCAAUGAUCAUUGGAGGCGCCAAUUGCCGUUAUUGAGUGGUAGCGUGAGAGUCGAAGGAGGUCACAGACUCCUUUCAGAGCAUAGUAUCGAGAUUGGUGCCGUGAUCGGUAAAUGGUGUAGAUUUGUGGAAUUCUGA